UUUUUAGAAGACCAUGGCACUUAUAAACAAGGAAAUUUUCUUACUUCUGUCGGGAUGGAUGAUUUGGUGUGCCGAGACUCAAACUCGGGAUUUAUUCAUGGAUUCACCUACAGCAUGCGGUAAAACAUUUGCAGCAGGUGAUCGAGAAGUGUUUCGUGUAAAACCACGAGGAACAGUUGGUGUAUCUAACCCUACAACAAACUGCAUUGUGUAUUUCGAAUCCAGUCAAGCGAGUUCGAACUACAAGUUUGAAAUUGUCGUAGAAGCGGCUUCAUUUCGUGACUGUGGUCUUCAGCUUCGUAUAUUUGAUGGCAAGGGCACUGGUGACAAUUACCUGCGAGUAUUGCGUUGCGGUUCAACAACAUCUUCUUCACAGUUCUAUUCGAAAGACAGAACAAUGUCACUCAUGUUGACUCGAACUCAGAACCAUUAUUUCUUCGGGAAUGAUUUCCAGCUCAAAAUACAGCUUUACUAUGAUAGUGAUAGCAGUGAGAGCAAAGGCAGCAGUCAAAAUACCGUUGACGUCUUUAUGGACUCACCUUCAACGUGUGGAAAAAUGUUUACAGUUGAAAGUCGUGAAAAGUCUCUUCUUCAACCACGCGGGACAGAUUUUAUAUCGAACCCUCCGACCACUUGCCUUUUGUACUUUCAAGGAAGCUCUAAGCUCGAGAUUGCCGUAGAGGCCGCUUCCUUUAAUGGUUGUGGUCUUCAGCUGCAUAUAUUCGAUGGUAGUAGCAUUGCUGAUGACACGCUGCGAAUUAUGGGUUAUGGUUUGAACACAUCUACUUCACAAUACUACUCCAAGGGUAGGACAGUAACUCUGAUGUUGACACGGAGUAGGAGCCAGUACUUCUACCGAAGUGAUUUCCGAAUUAAAAUACAGUCUUUUUGUAAGUUAAAUGAUACAUGCCUGAAAAAAGAGAGUCAAGUGCUGAGUGGUAGCUGUGAAAAAGUUGUUUCGUACUAUAUAGUUCAACUCUGUGUUGCAAUAUUGUCAUGGUCCUUUUGGGAUAAUUGAGUCCAUUACUUAUAGUGUUGAGGAUUAAAUACCGAUAAGCCGAUGCUUGGAAUGGUGAUGACUACUUCUCAUAAACAAAUUCAGUCAAAUAAAGAUGCCUAAAGUGAAAUGUGAAUAUCAUGCAAGAUCAUUAAAAAAAGAUUAACAUAUUAUACUUUUGUAUCUAUUAUGUACAUGUAUAUACAUGUAUUUAGCCAUUUGUGAAAAAAAUAUAUUUUGAGCGUACUGGAUGAAAUAAGUAAUAUACCACCGAGACAAUCUUGAUCAAAAAUCAAGAUCAACUUCAUAACAAGUUGGGUUCUUUUUUUAUAUUAGUUUUCUCAAAGAAAAAAUUCAUUCGGAACGUCCUCGGCUAUUAUCUAUACAUGUAAUUACCACGGGGUAAAUACUGAUUGAAAUGGUUUCAGAUGAAAACAGAGCCAGAAAGUAUAAUCUUCAUAAAGUAUAACGAAUGUAUAUACAUUUAUUUGACAUUCAAAGGGAAACUAACUCUGUUUCGGUACAAUAAUGAUUUAAAAUAUGUCUGACAAUCAUUUUUAAUUUAAAUAUGCCCACUGAUAUAAACAAAUCCGAUUCAAAGUCAACAGGUUGGUAUUUUGUACUUUCGGUUUCAACGACCAUUAAGAUAAUUACAUAAAAAAUG